UUAUAUAUACUAUCUAGUUAUUAUUCAUAGAAAAAAAACAUUAACAUAUGUGACUUUAAAACUAUCACAAUAGAUGUUAGGGUGUGGGUGUGGGUGUGGGUGUGGGUGUGGGUGUGGUGUGGGUGUGGGUGUGGGUGUGUGGGUGUGGGUGUGGGUGUGAAUGUGGGUGUGGGUGUGGGUGUGGGUGGGUGUGGGUGUGGGUAUUUGAAGAGAUUAUUCACACCCACACCCACAUCUCACACACCCACACCCACCCACACACCCACACCCACACCCCACACACCCACACCCACACCCACACACCCACACCCACACCCACACACCCACACCCACACCCACACCCACACCCACCCACACCCACACCCUCAGAGUACCUUUUGUCUGAUCAGGUAUUUCAUUUAUAUGAAAUCGUUUUCAACAUGAAGAAUGUUAUGAUAAUCUUCAACCGUCAUAGUAGAUUCAUAAUCUCAAAUGGAUCUACGAAAUACAAGAGCUAAAAAUGUAAAUAAGUAUACAAAUUAAUUUUUUUUCAGACUAUAUUCAGUUAUUAUUAUUUCUAAAGUUUUGUUUGUUAAACCUGUGAUUUCAUUUAAUCAAUCGAAAUGAGAAGACAAAUGCUUAAACACAUAUAGUGUUGUUUGUUUGAGUAUAUGAUUCUACAAUUGGCAUAGUUUACAUAGUGCUCUAUCCAAAAAAAAUAAAACGUGCCACCAAAAGUCAUCACGACAUAGACAGUGAAUUUUUUUUUUUUGUCAUCUCAAUUUUACAGCUUUCUUCAUUACAAUCUCUAAAUAAACAAAGUUUCAUCAGUCUACAUAUUCAAUCUGUCGAUGUCAAGCGAAUACAAAACGAUCCGCCAUCACGAUACUGAUGGUUAUCUCAUUGGACACCGUCUACCAGGGAGUAGGUGUGGGUGUGGAUCUUGAACAAAAGAAGACACCCACACUCACAGCCACACCCUUACAUAUUGUUAUUGGCGUUUAAGGAUCAGCUGAAGAAGCUGAUUUAAAACCAAACGAUGUUAUAAAACAUGUUAAUGCGCAUGCUCGCGUUGGUCUUGUUCAUUCAGAAAUUGUCAAAUUAAUUCUUAGUGAAUCAGAAAAAUUAUUUAUAUGUUCUGUACCUCGUUCAGAAACUCAAAUAUGUAUCGGUGAAAGACGUCGUUCAUCAUCAAAACAAAAAAUUGUUACCAACAACAAACAGAAAAAAUCUUUCUACACCACACAAUGA